UUUCAAACAGGAACUUAUAGAACAGCAGCAAAAAUGGUCAAAGAGAGACACAUAGACCUAUUUUUAUAUGCGUCUGAUAAUCAAUCGUUUACUCGUCUAAAUAAUCUGAACACUUUAGUUCAAGACAUAUCCUUUUACUACUUGACAUAUAGCUCAAACCAUUUUGGCAUAAAUUUCUUUUUCAACUUUUUCAGAAGAAAAUUUCUAGUAGCUCUAAUGAUUAUUGUCUCAAUUAUAACGAUAUUAUGGAAAGUAUCCACUAGAGAUAGUUUUGUAAACUCGGUAUUUAACAUAUAUAGAAUCAAUUUCCAGUCUAGCAUAACAAGAUUAUCAAACCGCACCUCUGCUAGAAUGGUAUUUUCUUGCUGUUUAUUAUUCGCCUUUUUUGUCAAUGCUAAGUACAAUAGUUACUUGAGCAGCAGCUUUGCUUCGAGUGGAAGGGUGAAAUUAUUGGGAUCUGUCAAUCAGUUUCAGAUGUUCAAAAAUAAUAAACAAAACGAGGUGAAGAGAUUUUUGUAUUUUACUGGAUAUAAUAACUCUUUGGCGAGAACCUCCAAUAACAUGUGGCUGAUUAUGGAUCAUGACAACAUAAAUUCACAAGAUAUUCGCAAGUAUAUUGAAAAUAAUAUGUCGAUUUCUUACAUUCAAAUACAGCCCAACAACGAUCUUAGAAAAGUUGAAAAAUAUGAGAUAUCAACAGAGGAACAAAUGACCGGAAUCAAGUACAAAGUGGCUGCAAGAAGGGGAUUUCUUCUUACCGAAAACAUGAACUAUUGGAUUGAAGUUAUUCAUCAAAGUGGUUUAUUGGAAAAGUGGAAGUUUGAACAAGCCAUACCCUUGAAAAAAGUAGUAGUUGAGAAACCAUCUGCAAUAUUUACACACAACUUAAAAGUCGUUUAUCUACUGGGUGCUUUUUAUAUAUUGAAUGUGGGGUAUAUCAUUUCUGCAUUAGUAUUUAUUAUUGAAGUGUAUGCAUUUAAACAUUAAUUUAGCAAAAGUUAUUGUCAAUAGAAAAUUUGAUGUUGAAAUAACUGUAACAAAACAAAUCCUUAAGCUGCGCCUCUGGAGGGUUGCUGUGAGAUGCGUAUUGUCAACCACCAACACAUAUGGCCUCUCAGAGCCCGGUACCUACAUGGUCCAAUGCCCUAAUUUUGUAUGGUCCGAAUAUUUUGUUUAUAUUUUAAGGCUUUGCAGAUGUGAAUAGAACACACAGACAGUCGCUUUUGCUUGUAUUUAGUUAACGAUCGACCUUUGUAUGGUAAACACGAAAUACACAGCUCCAUCCCA